UUCAUUUAAAUUGUUAGUUCUUCUCGGAGCCGACACUAUCACGUUUUAGAGAAGUUUGACGGAUCAUAGGCCGCUUAUUGUAAAACAAAAAAUGAAAAAUGUUAUGGAUCGUGUCUUAAAUAUUAUUCUUUCAUUCAAUCCCAAGGUGUUGUUAAUUUAGCGAGUAACCUUUAAUCUUUGUCGCAAAAAAUGAUACUCAGCUCUUUUAAAUUAUACGUUUUGACGACAUUUAAGCGAAUAGUUCGCAAAAUAAUUAGUUUCUACAAAUAUUAUUGAUAAUCGAGUUUUGUUUACGGCCAUGUAUUGAUUCUACUAGCGAUAAUUACUUAUCGUGUCUCCAUAUUUAGUUCUAUUUUAUCUUUAUUAAUUUAGGGGUUUUUAUAUGUUAGAAAAACUUUUACAUAACCUUUAUUUUAAUAGUUUCUUUAAUGUUUGCAACUAACUAACUAUAGCCACAAACUAAAAGGGGGAAAAUAAAUUAUGACUUCACCCUGUCUAAUGCUACGCCACUUAAAUAGUAUCAAAAAUCGUAUCUAUAAGACUUUAUUUAAAACAAAAAAAUGAAAUAUGACGUCUUACGAUACAAUUUGCAGAUAUUGUAGUUACAAUGAUUUUCCUCGAAUCACACUGUCUUUUGCAAUGUUUGAGGAAAAGUGUUUUUAUCUAAGUAGGUAUUUAAAUAUUACAUGCACUUGAUCUUUGCACUUGAUCUGUCGGUGACUCAUCGCUUAGUUCACGCAAUCAACCAAUAUUCUUUAUUUGCUACUUAGUUACUUAUAUUUUUUUAUUUUAUUACUAUAUUUAGUUUUUAACCUUUUGAGCUCUGGACGAUAUUAUUAUAUAUUUCUGACGAUCUCGGUGGCGCAGUGGUAAAGUUCUUGCCGCUGAACCGAGAGGUCCUGGGUUCGAACCCCGGUCGGGUCAUGAUGGAAAAUGAUCUUUUUCUGAUUGAUCCGGGUCUUGGAUGUUUAUCUAUAUAUGUAUUUGAUAUAAAAUAUAGUAUCGUUGAGUCAGUAUCCCAUAACACAAGUCUCGAACUUACUCUGGGGCUAGCUCAAUCUGUGUGAUUUGUCCUAAUAUAUUUAUAUUUAUUUUUUUAUAUUUAUAUAUUAUAUUAGAUAUGUCAUGUCUAGAUAUGUCGAAGCGGUAGUGGUGUAAUGGUUAAGAUGCCCGCCUGUGGAUCGAAAGGUCCCAGGUUCGAAUCCUACUCGUGCCACAUGAGUAUACAAGUAUACAAAUCUGACUAUUAUAUAGUCGUUUUUAUAGACCGCCACUUGCUUCCGGUGAAUCAUCAGGAAACCUGGCAGGAAACUGGUUGACAGUUAAGUUUACCCUAGUGUGUAUGCGACUGCCUGCCACUAGAUGGAGGUAAGUCGUCGUAAAAGUCAUGUCAGUUGCCUUUAGGCGACUUGAAUAAAAUCUGACACCAGUGUUAGCACACUCGAUAUGAUGACGAUGAGCCGUUUGGUAACCGUCAGCUCUUUCCUAGCAGAUGAGAUAUAGGCGGGAACUUCUGAGUCACGCUCACAAUAGAAUGAUCAAAAUUCAAUGGUUUAUUUUUACCGAUUAAGCCGAGCUUUGCGGCGUCGCAGCCCCGAAUGCGACGCCGCGAGCAUGAGAGAUAUACACACAUGUAAUUUUACUAAUAUCCUUAAUAACUUCUCAUAAUCUGGUUCCCUCCACGCAUUCCUGUAUUGGGUCUUUUUUCAUUUUCAAAUGCUUAUAAGUCUUAAUUUUGCUGGUUAAUUACGUGAGGAUUUUGUUCAGCAGCGCGACUACACCUAAAUAUCUAGAAAAAAACCAGACUGAAAAAAACCUGUAUUGUUUGUUUGUACACAAGAAAUCUCACGAACAGUAGAGAGCCCUUUCCAUUGUGCGGCUAGAUCUUGUCUAUGAAGUGUCUUGUUAGCUUGCUGAUAACAACAACCAUGCUGGUAUUUUCUUGUUUUUUAAAUUUUAUUUUUACUAAAUUUACAUAUAGAUUUUUGGAGUCAAAACGCAUAAUCUAUACUGUUAUUAUAAUAAUCUAUACCUACUAUUAUUAUAAAUAGGUAAGCGUUUGUGAGUUUGUAAGUUUGAGGCGGGUAAUCUCCGAAACUACCGAACCGAUUUCAAAAAUUCUUUCACCAUUAGAAAGUUUCAUUACGCAAGAUUGCUAUAAGCUAUUAUAUUAUCUCAAAAUUCCCACGGGAGCGAAGCACUAGGCAACAUAAAGUAUACUAACAAAUUGAGAACAAAAAAUGGUAAAUUACGUAAUUAAUAAAACUGUUUAAUUAAAGUGUACAUUGGCACAUUUUGAUAUACAUUUAUUUAUAUGUAUCAAUCGUAAGGCAUAAGAUCGAGAACGAUGGUGUUCAUUAAGAGAGGCCUAUUCCCAGCAGUGGGGUAAAGACGGCUGUCAAAAAGUAAAAAAAAAAAUUCUAAAAAUAAAGUUUUUUCCUGUUAUGAUUAGGAAAAUAUCACAGAUAAAAUAUUUAAGUUCUUAAAUAACAAUUUUAACACCUAUUUAUGUCACAAAUGGUUGACUGUUAACAAUCAUCUGUCACCCACUUAUCACGUCUGUAAAACCAAUUUCGUCAACACUAAGUUACUUUAUAAAUAAGUGAUAUCAAAUAAACGACGUGUAUAUUUUUUUUUUCUAGGAAAAUAAUAUGUGUUGAUUAAUUUGUUCGCUUGUAUUUGGAUUUAAGGUACGUAAAUCCGGGAAUCAUUUGUUGUAUAGAUAAGAAAUGAAGGGAUUCCCCAAAUUAAACAUUUUCAAAUAUAUCGUGAUAAAGUUGAUAAGGAAGUCUUACAAAAGUGUACUUGUUUAAAAUAAAAUGUAUAUUUAUAUUAGACUUGUAUGUUGUAUGGAUGCGAAACAUGGACGUUAACAAAGAAAGAAAGGAAAAGAUUGGAAGCAUUCAAGAUGUGGUGUUGGUGGAGAAUUAAUGGAAAGAAAGAAUUAGCAAACAAGUGUUUCUUAACCGAAUUGGGGAAAAUAUAAAACAUAUUGAAAAUAGAAGAGGGGAAAAUGCUCGGAAACUUGAUACGAGACGAUGUCUUCUUCAGAAUUAUUAUAGAAGCAAAUGUGGAAGGGAAAAGGGGCCCAGGAAGAUCAGGAGAUAGUUCUUCUUCUUCUUUUUCAUAGUCGUAUUCCUCAUGGCUGAGGGUCGUGGUUGUUACGUGGAAUGAAAGACACACAACAACUUUCCUGGCAUUAUUAAUGGAGUGGUUUGCCAUUGCCUUCUCCAAUUUACACACAAGUUAAUAAGAAUGAAGUAGUGUACAGGUUUACACGAGUCAGAUUGGUAUACAAACUCAUAUGGCACUCAUAUGGUUCGAACCUGGGGUCUUUCGAUCCACAGGCGGGCGUCUUAACCAUUACACCACCACCGCUUCAAGAGAUACUUACACCAAACAAAUUAAAGAAAAAGUGGGUGUCGUGUCGUAUCAAGUAGUGAAGGAGUUGGCUUUGGAGAGAGAAUAAUGGAAGGGACUCCACCGACAAGAGCCUCGCUCUUAAAUUACACGAUGAUAAUGUUUUUCCGUAUAAAAUGUUAAAAUGUUAUCAAAUAGCUAUAAAAUUGAAAUAAAUAUAAAGCCGCUAAGUAUAAAGUUAUUUCAUUGUGUCAAUAUUUAUGUAUAACCACGUCAUUUCUCCGUAUUAAUUGUGUAUUUAACAAGUAAUGAUAUACCAGUGUGUCUGUGUACAGUCAACAACAUUAUUCGCGACAUUCAUUUAUGUAAUAAGAAUAUUUUUUAUAGGUUAGGUAUCUUCACAACAUACGUGUUGUGUCGCAGUUUGUGUUUAGCCAAUAAACUUAUCUUCUUUGAUAUUAAUAUGCACCUUUAUUUCGUAGUGAUAAAGAAGAAUAUCCAAUGAAUUUUGGUACAUCGAUGUGUUGUUCUCUGUAUGAACCGCUUAAGAUACCGUGUCUAAAUCUCUAUGAUAUGGUAAUAGGGUAGUCAUUGCUGUGAAUUUGUCUAGUUUGAUGUGCUGUCGACUGUAUUUUCUUAUGGUUAUCAGCGACUUACCGUCGCACGAUAAAAAUAUGAUAAUCCAGCAAGUGUUACUUAUAAUACAAAGAGUUUGUUAUUGCGUGAAUCAUGUAUUGAUAACUGUACCUAUAUUUGUUAUGGUAUGUCCGAUUGCAAUAAAUUCCCGAAUAUAAGUGUUUUUUUACUCGCUUUUACCCGCGGCUUCACCCGCGUGAACAUUUUUUUUCUGGGUUAAAAGGUUUUAUAUAUCUUUCUCCUUCAUUUAAACUAGACGCAUACAAAAUCCCAAAGACAUUAGAAGAGAUACGUUUUUAUAUUUUUUUUUAUACGGAACUCUAAAAAUAAUAGUUAUAUCUAACAUCAAAGUAAUAUAAUAGGUAGUAAAAUAGUAUAUUAUUAAGGCCAAAAAUGAAAGCAGUGUUUGAGCGAAUUAUAUUCGCUAUAUAUAUAUAAUAAGAGCAAAUAAAUAUUUAUUCUUAGUUACGUGUUCUAUAGAGCUUAUUCCACACUGAUGAGCUGUGUACACGAGUGAAAACUAGUCAUGGAAUAUUCAAGCCUUCCCUGGUAAAGGUAAACACAGGUGUCCCUUAUCUGACCUACUCCCUUUGCGACACUUUGACCCAAUAACGUGAGCUAACCUUAAACUAUAACCCUAUCGCCAGAGAAUACAUAAAAUACAUAAUAUUAUCAAAUAAAAACCCAUAACUAGCCUACUCUAUAUUUAACAUCGAAAAAGAAAAGAAAACUUCAUAAAAUGUUAAAUAAACAAUCAAAUUUAAUUUUAGAAUCCACUACGAGCCAUCGCGCAGGCGCAAUCCAAAGCUUUGCACAUGCGCAGAGUUUACGUCAAGUCUAUUUCAGUGUCGCAAAGCUCGGCCAAAGUCCACGCGCGUUCGAGCUUUUACAACAAGAGAAAAAAAACGCGAAAAUAAAAGCUUUACGCCAAAUAUAAAACAAAAUACGCGUCCACAAUUAUAAUAAAAAUGUUAAAACCUAUGAUAGCAUUGUGUCAACAGAGGUUAACGAAAUAAACACACGAAAUACGGCAAUGCGUCAACAAAUCAAUGGUUUACGUGAUGUCAAAAACAUAUAGUGUAAAGAAAAAAACAUGGAGCCACUCAUAGAUAGAAACAACUUUGCUAUAAGUGCUAUGGUGACGGUAGCUCUGCAGAUCCUAUUCUUCACUAUAGCAUCUCUAUUUCAAACGGAUAAGGUGACGGAUUUCACUGGUGGAGCGAAUUUUAUCAUCAUAGCAUUGCUCACGUUCUUCUUAGGCCAGGGUGGAAGCACUUUGAAGAGCUAUGACAGUAGACAGUUGAUGGUCACUGCUUUUGUUUGCGUCUGGGGUUUGAGACUAUCAGGGUACUUAAUAUACAGGAUCUACCACAUAGGUAGAGAUAAACAGUUUGAAGACAGAAAGAGUAACACGCUAAGAUUUGCAGUAUUCUACACUUUCCAAGCAAUAUGGGUUUACGUGGUCAGUUUGCCAGUUAUAAUAAUAAAUUCGCCUCAUCACUCAUUCCCUAAAUCGCCGAAAACUAUGACCACAUUGGAUUCUGCUGGCGCUGGGAUAUUCGUCACCGGAUUACUCAUUGAGACAUAUGCCGACUUACAAAAGUUUGCGUUCAGACAAGAACCAACGAAUCAAGGGAAAUGGUGCAACGACGGUCUCUGGGGAUUGUCGAGACAUCCCAAUUAUUUUGGAGAAGUAGUACUGUGGUGGGGCAUAUUUGUUAUAUCUCUGAAUGUCAUAGAACACGUAGAAUGGGUAGCGAUUCUCUCGCCACUGUUUACGACGGCCAUAAUACUGUUCUUAUCUGGCAUUCCGUUGCUGGAGCGAACCGCGGACGAAAAGUACAGAGAUAACUCUGAUUAUCUUUAUUACAAAGCGUCAACGUCGCCUCUGAUACCGAUACCGCCGGCUAUUUACGUGGAAGUACCCAGGUUUCUGAAGUGUAUACUUUGUUGCGAGUUUCCAAUUUACGACUCGACUGGCGAGGAGUUCCCGGCUCCUACUAUUGUCACGGAAACCACCAGCAUCUCAAUGGUACAGUCCCAGACAUAGCUAACAAAUGCCGCGCGCGAUCACAGCGCGGCCAAGUCCGAAUCGACAUCCCAAAAAGGCCAAAACUGUUUAAAACAAUUGUGAUACACAGCCGAGGAAGAACCACAAAUGAAAAUGCCAAAUUCAUUGCCACUUAAACAGAGUAAUAGUAUAGAUAUGAACAAAUAUAAUAAAUAUAUGGAUAACUUGACACGAAGCAAGAAAGUUGCAUUAGACUUAUUGGAUGAUACAAAGGAUAUCUUUGAAGGU